AUGAGAGCAGCAGGCUUCAGCUACCAACUCCAUCCUCGGCCUGAAACCCUACAAAUCCACCGCACCAUCGAAACAGCAUUUGACCUCGGGUUGAGAGCAAUCGACAGCUUCCCCUAUUACGAACCUUCCGAACAGAUGAUCGGUGCAGCGUUGCGCCAUUCUGAGGUUACAUCCUUAUGCAAGAGAAGCGCCUACACUCUGAUGACCAAAGCUGGAAGAAUUUGCGAGGACUAUUCCGACUAUUCCCCUGAAUGGAUCAGAAAAUCUGUGGCGCGGUCGCUCAAACGGUUCGCCACAAGUUACCUCGAUGUGGUAUCCUGCCAGGAUGUUGAGUUUGUCAACUUCGAAGAGACUCUUCAAGUUGUGGAAACGCUUUAUGAACUGUCCGAUUCGGGCGUCAUCCGUUGCGUGGAAAUUUCAGGUGCUGAUAUUGACAUCCUCGGAGCAGUCGCAUCACGAGCACUUGCAAGAUUCGGCCGUGCCGUCGACGUCGUGCAGAUCUAG